AUGGCCGAUAUCCCUCUAGGAAUCGACAUCCUCAUUGCUGGAAGCUCUUGCGUCGACUUUUCGAGCCUGAAUUACGCCAAGAACGACAAAAAGAAGAAGUCCGGUCUCAACAAGCUUUUCGAGCAAUUCAAGGCCAGGGGCAUCUCAGCCAUUCAACAAGACGACCCGAUGGCCAGUCAAGUUGUCGAUGGCCUUCAACAAAUCUUCGAAAGCAUCAAAGAUGAGAAGGGAGAAUCAACCAAGACUUUCCUGUCCAUUCUCAUGUACACCCACGCCCAUCGACCCAAGAUCGUCAUCUUGGAGAAUGUUACAAGGGCUCCGUGGGACCAAUUCAAGGACUUCUGGCUGCCAAGCAUCGGAUACGUGGCGGCGUAUGUCCAAGUCGACUCCAAGAACUUCUUGGUCCCUCAAACGAGACAGAGAAAAUAUUUACUCGGAGUGGAUGCUCGCUACUAUGGAAACAAGGCCAAGGAGAUCGUUAAUACAUGGGUCAAGCUCAUGGAUAUUACGCAGUGGUUCAAGAACCCGCCUGACCUCCAGAAGUUCUUGCUUCCCCCGUCUGAUCCGCGCGUGCUUCAGACUCGAUUUCAGUUGGAACGGACGCUGCUCUCCAAGCCGAAGAGGGACGUCGAGGCUGUUCAUUGUGCAGCUGAUCACAGGUCGGCACGUCGAAAGGAAGAGCUCGGCACGUCGAACCCGUAUACUCGGAUGGAUGAUAGAGGUAAUGUUCAGCCCCGCGAGGACACCUGGCAGGGCGUCAUCUCAGUGUACACUUGGCGAAUGCAAGAUCUCCUGGAUAUCGAAUACCUGAGAGCGCAGAAGAAGGGGUAUGACUUUACCCACAAGAUGUUCAUCCUCGACGUCGGACAGAACGUGGAUCGACAAAGCGGAAGGCUGGGUGUCAUUCCGUGUGUUCUUCCCUCGGCUGAUCUCUUCAUCUCGUACGACGGCCGUCCUCUUCUCGGACUAGAGUGUCUCGCUGUGCAGGGCAUUCCCAUUGACCGCAUCUCGCUUUCGGUCGAGGGGGAAAACCAGCUCAAGGACCUUGCCGGAAACGCGAUGACGACCACCGUGGCUGGUGCAGCUAUCCUCUGUGCCCUCAUUGCCGAGUUCAGGUUCAAGACGAAGGCAAGCAACAGGCACUUGCAGGGUCUUGCCCAAGCCAACCCCACCCAGCUGCUGCCUAGCAGCGUCGUUGUUCACACCUCGACUGACGAGGCCGGGCCUUCCGAUCUCUCAGACUCUUUUCUUACCGUCGACACCUCCUCCCUUGGACGCAAAACCCACACAUCUUCCAGCAGAAAAGGAAAAGAAAUCGAUCAACCAUUUUCUGCCUCGGCAACCACUCCCAACAAGAUGGCUUGGCAGGAGAUCGUCUCCUCCGGCUGGGACGGCAAUAAGGCCAACCCCAUCAACGACAAGGUAUCAAUCGGCAGAAGUUUGGCUCAAGAGCUUGCGAUUGCUGCUUUGCCAGCUCAUCUCUACAUCGAUUGGGCAGGUGCCGAUACCGCUCACAGUGUUGAUAUUCUCCACGACCUCGACAAGCAGACUUUCAGCGACCAUAUCGAGGCCUUGAACCGCGCAAUCCAGACGUGCGCAGGCGGAGUUCAUUACUACCAGACGGACCUCAAGUUCAGAGACGACCUGACUGUGACUUACGAAUCCGAAAAGUCAACCAUCAUCAUUGUCAUCACCGAAAAGAACGUUACGUGGAGCAUGCACCUGAGACCCGUUUAUGUCGAACUCGGGCGCCCAUCGAUUCGGAACGAUAUCCCAGCCAGCGAAGUGGCAGUUCAGUUGACUGUUCUAGGUUACGACCUCCGCCAGCCUCUCUUGGAAGCAGUACUCACCGACCUUGACGCGGACUUCACUCCUACGGCAGACAGCUAG